UCCUGGUGGGAUAGAAACAGAAUAUGCUUCACCCUAGGAGCUCACAAUGAAGUGAUUAUAUGUCGGCUAAUUUCCUCCAAAUGGGAAUGCCUGAGAAAUUAGUCACAAAACCAGCCACUAGUAAGUGGGCUUUCUCCUCCCCUUUCCCACCUCUUCCCAUCCUUCCUUCCCUGCCCGUCCUCGUCCUUCCCCUUUGAAGCUCCAGUGUGGCACCGAUAGGCAGCUGCUAAGCAGGGGCUGUGCUGUUGGCAGGGUUUCCUCCGCUGUGUCACCCCACCCACCCGCUAGAAAGUCUUUUAACCUCAGGCAACUUUUCUUCCAGCCGAACCGUGGAGCUGCACUGUUUCUGUCUUCCUGCAGCUGGGCGUCUUCAGCUGCGCCAGAUGUGCUGACAAUGAACUUCAAGCUGACUCGUUCCCUUUAAACAUUGACUGAAAGAAGUGACUUGCCUGUCGGACUACAGAGGAAAUGCCAUUUCCUACACUCGUGGAAAGAAGACUGCGUGUGCAUGGAGAAUGAGAAGCAAGGAGCAGACGGCUCGCCGACUUAUUACAUAACAUGUCAGAUGCUUGUAGACUUGAUUUAAACAGCUGGCUUCCAUGAAGCAUGCAAACUCUGGGAGUGGUGCUGCUGUUGACAAAACUUCUGAUUACAGAUUUCUGUGAGGCCUUGAGUGUUAUCGUAACUCCGGGGCCUGUGGUGAGGUUCACUGAGGGUCAGCGAGGGAGUCUGUUCUGCCGAGUGUCCCAGCAGAGGCGGAGAAACAGUUACCUGUCUCUGGUGUGGCUCUUCUCAAACGCAGAGAACAGUAAUCAGCGAAUCCUGAGAGUGAACCGGACGGGCCAUGUACAGGCCUUUCGCAACUGCAAAGAGCACCAUUGUGAACUCCAGUUCUUUCAGCAAGGUGCCGCCAAGAUCUUUGUACUGAUCAUCGACAAGUUUCACAGAUCUGACGAAGGGCGCUACCGAUGCAGAGUUCAGGAAAUCACAUACCUAAAUAGGAAAUGGCUGUCAAUAUCGAAUGGGGAAAACGGCACCGAAGUGAGAGUGCGGCUACCGCAGACAACUGCCGUGGUUAUACCCCAGAGCACGCAACAAACUUGGACAGUCUCCAAAGAUCUGUAUCUUUAUGUGACAUUGAUGUGCUCUGUGGGCAUCUUAUCAGUGAUGCUUUUUGCAGCCGUUAUUGUUUGUCAGAUUCUGAAGAACAGGAAAAAGUCAAAAGCAAGGAAAUAUCUGACCAAUGAGCCGAAUAGCAGUUCAGGAGAAAUGGUGACAAAUGCAGGGAGCUCAUCCAUCUUCCAAACCAAAUCGGGGAAGAAAACAAUUGCAGCUGGUGACACACCCCCUCCAGUCCCAGUGAAAAUACCGAGAAGAGAAGCAUCCACCAAAAGAAAGUUCUUGAAGAAACAUGAUGCCAAAUCCAUUCUGCCUCGGAUUGUGGAAGACAGCCUGACCUACGCUGAGCUGGAACUCACACCUACACACCCAACUGCCCCGCCUGUCGCGAGCUCUCCGACCCCUCAGAGUCCCACUACUGUCUAUGCCAAGAUCUUCUUUUCCAAAAACCAGAGUUAAUUUGCCGCUGCCAAAGCAUCAAGGUUGAAGCCGGGCCUGGUGACUGCGGUGAUACUAUGGCCCUCUUGGAGUUCGCCCAGGUCAGUGAGACAUUUCUACACUUGCCACUGCAGCUGGAGAAAUGCCUAGAGCUCAGCACUCAGACUCCAACAGCAGCUCAAAGCCUGCUCGUGUGAACAGGGAGAGUCACCGUGGGCACUCCGGGCCUUCCUCUUAGUCCUGGCUUCAAGAGUCCAUCCCGCCAACCUGUGUACAGGAAGUUUGUGGUCAGGGUAACAAAGAAAGAUGUAUGUGUAUGUGUUUGUAAGAAAAUAAAACAAUAAUUUAAUCAGUGUACACUGACAAUAAAGAGUCAGAGAGUAUGAGUAGCAGGCAAAAUAAACAAGUAAUUGUAUAAAUACAUAAGCCAUUGUGAACAUAUAUAGUUUGCUAAAUUUUACUUGAUAAUGCUCCUAUGAGGCUUUUCUAUGAUAAGCGUUCUACAAGUAUGUGUUUUUUUUUGUUCUACGUUCCUGGAUAGAUGAUUCACUAAAAGUCAGUGUACCCUCGUGCAUAUUACAGCGUACAGUAAGUGUAUGUGUUUUAGUGUGUUUGUGUGUGUGUGAUUUUCUGCACAUAUGUACAUUUGUAUGCAUGUGUAUGCAUGUGUGGGUGUGUUUCUGUGUAUGAUGAAGAAAUAUGCACCAAUGUGUGUGAGAGGAUAUGCAGAUGCGUGUAAAUGCCUGAGUUUGUAAGCCAGUUUUAUUCUGGCAUCAUAAUUCUGAGUCUUUAUCUAAAGCCUGUACUCUAUGAACCUCUUUAACAAAUUGUUAAUGGUCAGUACAAACACAGCAGUGGGGCCACUAACACCAAAUGAAGCCCCACUCUAAACCCUCCUCAAUUUCUGCACAUCAAGUACAACCAUGGGAUGUACCAGUUGGAACCUUCCGGAAUGGAACUCCAUUUGGAUGGUCUUUGGUGCCUUUUAUUUGCUGCAGCAGCCACCAUCUUGGCUGCUGGAAUCAGCCAAGGCAAGCAAAAGAGAACUUGUAAACUUGAUGGAAGGAAUAAUUUUGUAAAAUGACAGUGGGACCUCCUUGGACUCUCGACACUGGGCAACUUCCCAAACAGCUUGUCACUUCUUUUCCUGCUUGAUUCUACUGGCUGUGUGCUUUUAAUUUUACUGUAGAUGUAUAUGGACUUCAGUUAGUGGAUUACUUGAAUUGUGUGUGUCUGUACGAAGUUCCAUAAUAUAAUGAAAGAUGUGGGCUUCUGUUUGCAAAAAUAAAAAAAACUGUACUUCUUUGUAAAGACAGAAUAGUAAUAAUACUGGAUAAUAAACCAAAGUGAUUUAUGCUUUUAUAAUAUACAGAGCUGCCAAUAUUUAGAUAGAACCAACGAUGUCUGAACAUUGUGUAGGAACCUCCAGCUGUAACAUCGGACUCUUUGGGUUCCAGCUGAGACUAGACACCUGUUGCAGGCGGAGGCCUGAAACUCAUCUGGGUGAAGUCGGUAGAAGUAGCCAAGAGGUGACGGAACCUGAGGUGAAAGAGAGCUGUGCCCACAAUCAGAGGCACAAAAGAGCCUGCAGAGCUUGGAAAUCUUGACCAAACCACACACAAAAUGCUGGAGGAACCCAGCAGGUUAGGCAGCAUCUAUGGAGAGGAGUAAACAGUCGACAUGUUGGACAAAGACCCUCCUUCAGAUUUGGAGACAUGAAAGACUGCAGAUGCUGAGAACUGGAUCAAAGUGGAGGAAAUAUAUGGUCAAUGUCUUGAGUCUAGACCCUUCAUUUGGACUUAUGAAGGGUCAUGUCCAGAGGAAAGUCUUGACCCAAAACAUUGACUGCCCGUUUCCGUCCACAGACGCUGUCUGACACACUGAUUUCCUCAGCAGACUGUUUUAGUUUAAGAUUUAUUCCUUGCUACUUGUGGGGUCUUGUACAAAGUGUCACAUUUCUCCUGAGUGACCACACUUUAAUGGUUAUAAUGAAUAA